UGAUAUUGAUCGCUUUCAAGCCCUUUCCGGCGCAGAUGGAUUUGAUAAACAAUUCAGUGUUAAGCAGCUCCCUAGGUGCAGUAAAAUUACCUCUGGUCUUAUCAAUAGCGUUACUUUCCUAAGGCGCCAUCAAAAGAAGGAUGAGCGAAGGCGAACAAAUGGUAUGGACGAAUUGAUCCGGCAAAAAAAGUUGUCCAAGGAACACCGGGAGCGAGAAUCCGCACUCAACGAGCCUACGGAAAGAUUAUUGGGCAAGAACGAAGGCAAAUUCGGGCAUAUGCUCAACCUUCUGUCGGCAAGCAAAUACCAGCAAUAA